CGUUUACAAAAGAUGGAAAACAGUAACUGUACCCGAAGCUAUUGCUAGUGAUCUUCACUCUGUUUUCAGGGAUGAAUCUCCGCUUUCUGAACUAUCGGAGGAACAGUCGGAAUCUGAACCGAAGCGCCAACGCGGCAAGCGUAAGGCCGCUGCAGAGGUUACAGUUAACGUUGAAGAAGGCAAAAUCAUAAAUGAAGGUGAUGCCGAAGGACCGAAGAGACAGCGCCGAAAACGCAAAGCCACUAAAGAAGUAGUAAUGGACGAGGAUGAGGGAAAUGAUGACGAAAAAGCUGCAGUAACCCACAGACGGAAGCGCAAAAUCAAGGCAGCGACAACAACCAUUGAAGACUUUGGUGAAGAAGUAGAAAAGACAAAGAAAUCAAGAAGGAGAAAAACUCUGGAAGAAGACAAGGUGUUUGAUAUUCCACCCAUUGAGAAUUUUCUAAGUACGACUUUUAAGGGUCGUCUAGGAUAUGCUUGCUUAAACACCAUGCUCCGCAAAUAUUCAACACCCAUCUUCUGUUCUCGAACCUGCCGACUCGCAACUAUCGCCGAAAACGGUCCAGAACACCUCCGGACACUUGGACUUCAAAACAUACGCGACCUCCUUAAACUCGUCACUUGGAACGCACAAAACGGGAUAUUCUUCAUGCGCAUGAGCUCCGAGAUGUUUCCUUUUGCAUCUCAUCCCGAGCACGGGUACGACUUGAGCUUCGCCGAUGAGGAUUUAAAGGCUGUUGGGAAGACGGCUAAGGAACUUGGUGUGAGGUUGACGAGCCACCCGGGACAAUUCACGCAACUUGGAAGUCCGAGAGAGGUUGUGGUGAGGAAUGCUGUGAGGGAUUUGGAGUAUCAUUGCGAAAUGAUGGAUCGGAUGGGGCUUGAUCAGGAUAGCGUUAUGAUCAUACAUAUGGGAGGGACAUUCGGCGAUGAAGCAGCGACCCUUGAACGAUUCAAAGAGAAUUACACGAAGCUUCUGUCGGAUAGUAUCAAGAGGCGACUCGUACUUGAAAAUGACGAGCUCUGUUACAACGUCGACGAUCUCCUCCCGCUCUGCCGCUCACUCAACAUACCGCUCGUCUUCGACUACCACCACGACUGGAUCUACCCCUCCUCUCGUCCACCCCGCGAACUUAUCCCCGAGAUCAACCAACUUUGGUAUAACAAGGGUAUUCGACCGAAACAGCAUUAUAGUGAGCCAAGGCCUGGUGCGGUCAGUGUAAUGGAGAGACGUGCGCAUUCGGAUCGGGUGAAGACGUUGCCGGAGGGUCUACCGGACGAUAUGGAUCUGAUGCUAGAAUGUAAAGACAAGGAACAAGCUGUAUUCUACCUAUACAGGUUAUACAACCUCCGUGAAGUGGAUCCACGGAUGCUCCGCCCACCGGCAGAAGUGGAGAGUUUACAUACGAAUGGGAGGAAGUCAACGAAACGGGCAAGGGCGAAGGCUGCUGCCAAAGCCGAAGCUGCUGCCGCUGCCAUCGAGACUGGUAAAGGAGGUGAAGCGGACGGAGAAGACAUGAAAAUGAACCUGGAAGAAGAGGUAGAGAGGGAAGCGGAGGAGCAUGGUGUACCUGCUGAAGAAACGAAAGAUGCAGUGGCUGAGGCGAUUGGUGAGGGAGAACUGGACUGUGGAAGUGGAGAUGAGAUGCCCAAGAUUGAAGUGCUGCCAAAGAAAGUGAAGAAGAGGAGAGGGAAGAGGACUACUAGGGUUGAGACUAAUGGUAAUACGGGACAGAAGGCAUCACGGAGGAAGGGAAAGAACGUCUUGAAGCAGGACAUCGUAUAAAGGUUGUUCAUACAUGUUCUUGAACAUGUAU